CUCCCCGCCCGCCCGGCUGUCGUCGGGGCGGCCCGCCGGAGGGGUCGUGCCGCGCGCGCGCGCGCCCGUCCGGGGGACACAUCUGGGUCCACGUGCAGCCAUGUCGGGCCGCUCGGUGCCGCACGCCCACCCGGCCACGGCCGAGUACGAGUUUGCCAACCCCAGCCGCCUGGGCGAGCAGCGCUUCGGAGAAGGCCUUCUGCCCGAAGACAUCCUGACCCCCACUCUCUACCAUGGCUACUAUGUCCGGCCUCGAGCCACCCGAGCCCCAGAGGGAAGCAGGGCGGGGGCUUCCGAGCUUAGACUCAGCGAAGGCAAAUUCCAGGCCUUCCUGGACGUGAGCCACUUCACCCCGGAUGAGGUGACCGUGAGGACCGUGGACAACCUCCUGGAGGUGUCUGCCCGCCACCCCCAGCGCCUGGACCGCCACGGCUUCGUGUCCCGCGAGUUCUGCCGCACCUAUGUCCUGCCUGCCGACGUGGACCCCUGGCGGGUCCGGGCCGCCCUCUCCCACGAUGGCAUCCUCAACCUGGAGGCCCCUCGGGGAGGCCGGCAUUUGGACACCGAGGUGAACGAGGUCUACAUCUCCCUGCUGCCCGCGCCUCCCGACCCCGAGGAAGAAGAGGAGGUCGCCACAGCCCAGCCCUGACUGCCACAGGCCCAGCCCCCCCCCCCCCCCCCGAAAUCAAUCCCUUUCCACCUCGGGCUGGGAUUUCCAGCACCUGCCCACCCCCCAGAGGUAGCUGGUAUCCUUGGAGGAGGGCGGGGGGUGGGGGCGGUGUGGAAGGGAAAGGCCCCUGGUCCAUAAAGUCUGGUUUUGGUUUUUGUCUCUUGAGACACAGGUCCUAAAGCCCUUUGCUUUGCUUCCGGGUGGAGCCCAAUAAACCCAGCUCUCAGGG